AUGCUCACCCAUUGCUCAGACGCGGUAGCCUACGGGCUCUUGCUCUUGAGCAGCUUUCAAGCAGCCUCCGCUGAUGCACCACUUCAGGUUCAGACCAGCAGUGGCUCCCUGACAGGCUUCAUCAAUUGCACCGCUCCGAGUGUCCGCCAAUUCCUUGGUGUUCCCUUCGCCUUACCACCUACGGGAAAGCUGCGCUUCGAGCCCCCUGUCAAAGUGACCGACAAUGGGCCUCUUCAGGUCAAGGCCUUCAAGCCUUCAUGUAUGCAGUCUGUCAGUGGGCCGGUCAACACGUCCGACCCGAACACAGACGUGUAUGCCAUCAUGCCGCAGUUCGGAAUCAAUGGCGGCAUCAGCGAGGACUGUCUGUAUCUGAAUGUGUACGCGCCGCUCAACCCGACUACGCCGAGCCUCCCGGUCAUUGUCUGGCCCGUACCUUUGUUUCAGAUCUACGGUGGUGGGUUCACCAACGGUGGUGCCAAUGUGCUCUAUCAGAUACCGGAUAAAUGGGUGCAGAGGACGCAGGGGCAUGUGGUUGUGACUAUGAACUAUCGGCUGGGCGUUUUUGGGUAUCCCAGUGCUCCGGGCCAAAUGAAGAACGUCGGGUUGAUGGACCAGCGAAUGGUCGUUGAAUGGGUUCGGGAUAAUAUUGCUGCAUUUGGAGGCGACCCAGCCCGCAUUUCCCUCAUGGGCCAGUCCGCUGGCUCCGCCUCCGUCAACUUCUACGCCUACUCAUACGUGGACGAUCCUAUUGUGGCUGGCUUCAUCGGUCACUCUGGAGCUGCCAGCAUCCUCACAUCUACUGACGCGUCCGGCUCCAACUUUAACACACUCGCUGACUCUGUGGGCUGUGGCAAGCUCAGCGCGGCCGCUGAAUUGCAGUGCAUGCAGAAUGUUGACGCUGCGAAACUACAGGCAGCAGCAGAGAGCAACCGCUCCCGGAGCUUCUUUCCGUAUGCUGACAACAUCACGGCUCCUGCCAAUCCGGCGGAUCGACUCGCCAAAGGGUUGGUCGCGAAAAAGCCCUUUCUGAUGGGCAAUACGGACAACGAAGGCGGUGGAUUGAGCACGAUCGGAGGGAUGACCCCGGAGGCGCGGCGGUUUGGGCUUUCGGGCCUGGCUUGUCCUGUGAUAGACGAGGCAAACCAACGUUUUCAGCACGGUUAUGUUACAUACCGCUAUCUAUACGCGGGGAAUUUCUCAAACAUAUCCCCGCUCCCGUGGAUUGGAGCUUGUCACAGCUGCGAUUUACCGCUUGCCUUCGGAACGCACUAUGAAUACGACAACACGCAUACUGGACUGAAGUCAACAGAUCUCGAGUGGGGAACGAGUUUCGCCAUGGAAGGUAUGCUAAAGUCUCCCACUCAGACUGGGUCUGUUGCUGCACAUUGUGUUGACGUGAAUAUGCAGGUCUCUGGCUCUCGUUCGCCUCCAACCCGAACGAAAGUCCGAGGUAUAAGGAUUACACCUGGCCGCAAUACAACCCGAACACGACAAGCAUUGCGUUGA